AUGGAUGGGGUGUAUCUGGACAAGAACGGAGAGCUGGCAGCUGAAUUUGACAUUGUGAACUACGCAGAAUUUCCAAACAGAUCUCUUCUUCGAGUGAAAUUUGGAAGUUUUGCAAGAGAGAAAUCCCAGGAAUCCAAAUUUGUCAUUGACCUAGAUACCACUGUAUGGCCCCAGUGCUUUAACAAGAGUCUGCCUCCUUCCAGGUGUGUGGAAAGUUGUCAAUCUGGAUUUUUCAAAGUGGGUCAGGAAGGGAAGCCCAUUUGCUGUUACGACUGUAUUUCCUGUGCAGAAGGCACCUUCUCCAGUCAUGAAGAUGCAGAUUAUUGCACCAAAUGUCCAGAAGAUCAGCAUCCAAAUAAGGAGCAAGAUCAAUGUGUCCCUAAAGAAAUAACCUUUCUCUCCUAUCAAGAAGAUUUGGGAAUCAUUGUGGUUUCACUUGCAGUCUCCUUGUCUUUAAUUACUGCCUUAGUGUUAACAAUCUUCAUUAUAUACACAGACACUCCCAUUGUCAAAGCCAAUAAUCGGAACCUUUCCUUCAUUCUUCUCAUCUCACUCCUGCUUUCUUUCUUAACAACCUUCCUCUUCAUUGGAUGCCCAAGGAGAGUCACCUGCCUUUUCCAACAAACAGCCUUCAGCAUCAUUUUCUCAGUUGCUGUUUCUUCUGUCUUGGCCAAAACAAUCACGGUGGUGCUGGCCUUCCUGGCUACAAAGCCAGGAAACAGAGUGAGAAAAUGGCUGGGAAGGAGUUUGACUAACACCAUCAUCCUUUGUUCUUCCAGUAUUCAGGCAGUCAUCUGCAGCAUCUGGCUGGUGGUCUCUCCUCCCUUUCCUGAUUCUGAUAUGCACUCCCAGUCAGGAGAGAUUGUCCUGCAGUGCAACGAAGGCUCCCUUGCCAUGUUUUAUGUUGCUCUUGGUUACAUGGGCUUCCUGGCCACCAUCUGUUUCAUUGUGGCUUUCCUGGCCAGGAACCUCCCUGGGACCUUCAAUGAAGCCAAGUUGAUCACCUUCAGCAUGCUGGUCUUCUGCAGUGUCUGGGUGUCCUUUGUACCCACCUACCUGAGCACCAAAGGGAAAUACAUGGUGGCUGUGCAGAUCUUCUCCAUCUUGGCCUCCAGUGCUGGCCUGCUGGGCUGCAUCUUCAUGCCCAAGUGCUACAUUGUUUUAAUCAGACCAGAUCUGAAUGUGAAGGAACAGCUAAUAGUGAAAACAUAA